AUGUCGGACACGGAAGGUGGCCAUACACUUGGACUCGACUCUAUCUUUCCGGAACCACCAGCCCCUCCGAUUCCCGAUCCCACCACUUCUACGUACGUGCGCGAGGAGACUCCAAUUAACGGCGAGGGACGGAGCCCUGUAGAUGACGAAGAUCGAUCUUCAUCUACGUGGUCUAGCAUCAACAUUCGCUUGGUUGGAUCUCAUCCCCUGUGGGGGCACCACUUGUGGAAUGCAUCUCGUGCCUUUGCGACCUAUCUAGACGAGCACGCGGAGCUCUACAAAUAUCGACACGUGCUUGAGCUGGGAGCGGGCGGCGGUCUCCCCGGAAUUGUUGCCUGCAAAAACGGCGCACGGACGGUCGUCCUGACCGACUACCCCGACGCCGAUCUGCUUGAAAAUCUGUCGUAUAAUGUCAAGACGAAUACAGUAUCAACUUCCGCUUCUAACUUUUGUGUCAAGGGUUAUAUCUGGGGUCAGCCAGUAGGUCCCCUUUUAGAUGCUCUCCCCUCUCCAGCGAAAUCCAUCGGAUUUGAUCUGGUGAUCAUGUCAGAUCUCAUUUUCAAUCAUUCGCAGCACGACGCCUUGCUAAGAGCCUGUGAUCACAGCCUUGCCAGGCCACAAUACUUGCAAGCCGCUGACUCUUCGGGCCUUACUAUGCCCCCUCCAUGUCUCUUAGUUUUCUACACCCACCAUCGCCCCCAUCUCGCACAUCGAGACAUGGAAUUCUUCAGCAAGGCGAGAGCAUACGGAUGGCACUGCGAAGAGAUUCUGACGAGAAAGUUUCCGCCAAUGUUCCCUGAGGAUCCCGGCGACGAAGAAGUUCGUGGUACGGUCCACGGCUGGAAAUUGACGCGAUGA